GCGGCGCGUCUCGACUUGCCGUCUGCCGCCACGCGCAUUUUCCGGCGACGCUUCAAUAGCGCCACAGCUCUGAGCAUUGUGAAGUGGAGUUCUGCCUCUGGCAACGCGAGCGCAGCCUGAAGCCUCUAUUUAGUGAUCCGCUUACUGAUACUUACGUAUUGAUAGUGAUUUUGUGUUGUUGUGGUCCAGUCAGAAAUGGAUGACGUUGCCGAACUUUUGAAGACCUGGGAGCUACACGACUUAUUACCAAUUUUUACAGGUAAGUACCAUAGAAAUAUGUGACGAUCCAAAUCAAAAGUUGUUUUAACAGGCAUAAUGUAACUCAUGAAAUGUACCUACCUUGUUCUGUUACGAUACAUUUCACACAUCCACUUGCACUUACUUACUGACGUAAAAGCAUAAGUUAAAUGAUGAAACUUGCUUUUAGAACAGCGGAUGACAAUCCAGGCGUUAUCGGCUCUGACUCGAGAGGACUUGAAGGACCUUAUUCCGCAGGCAGGACCAAGGGUGCUAUUUACAAGGUGUUGGCGUUCGUGGAAAAAUGAGUUUUUGCCAAUAAACGAUACUAGUAUACCAUCUUUUUCGGGCCUGGAUUUGUCAAACUUGCAGUUUGAUUGCUUGAAGGAAACUGACGAACUAUCUGAAUGUGUUGUAGAGGUAAUACCAUUAGACAACCCUGAGACAAAAGAAAAUACUGCAAGUACAACAAGUCAUCAACAAUUAGGAAAAGGAACUCAAACUGGGAUACUUGAAAAUUUAUUGAAACAAUCACUCGAAACUUCUUCACUUCUAAUUUAUAAAGGCGGUAGCUUAGAUGGAGAUGCUACUAGAAAUUUAUUAGCGUCUGUGAUUGCCAAAGAAAUAUUAAAUGAGAACAAAAAUUCACCAAUAGUUGGUCAAAUUUAUUUCAAGUGGACAAAAUUGAUAAGUGAACUCUUUCCGGGUGAAAGGACCACAACGUAUUAUAUCCCUGCAUGUACUACUGCGUCUGGCGCAGUUCUUCAAGCAAGAGGCAAACUCGUACAUCAGGUACUGAACAGAAGGAGGCGCUUCCAACAAUUAGGAUCCUUGACAACAAAAAAAAGAAACAGAGAAGAAAGCCCAGGACCAUCUUCUUUAUCACCAAGACCAAUGCCAAGAAUAAAGAAUAAAUUUAUUGUCAUAAAAACCUUAGUUGGUAAACAACUAAGGUUUUUAUGACAAUAAACAACAUUAAGGUUGAGUCCUCCUAUUAGGUAUUAAUGUAAGUAAGUAUUGUAAAGAAAGAAAAAUAAAGAAAUAAUUACGUAAUGUAUUUUUUUUUAUAAUCUCCUAGGUACAAGGAUUCAAUUAAGAACUUUUUCAAGGUAGGUAGUAUAUUGGUGACUACCUAAAUCGUCGUUUUUAUCAAGUGUAAGCGAAUUCAUGUAACAUACAUAGGCAUUUACUAAGUACAUAGUGUACUGUGUGUACACUUAGUAAAUAUCUAUGUAAGUUACAUGGAUUCGCAUACACCUAGUACAUACGACGGUUAGGUAGUCAUGAGUACCUACCAACUACCUUGAAAAAGAUCUUAAUUGAAUCUAUUUCCUGUCGUGACUACAUCAACAAAUCAUUCUUAAUAGAUUCAAACAAACCUCAAAGUCAAACUAGCCUAGAUCUUAGUUGAAUGAACUUUUAUCUUAGUUGAUGAAGCUAUAGGAUCUUGAGUGAUUCUAUAAAUUAUUUUGUUGUUAUUAUAAAGUUUAAUGCUUGCGUAUAACAACAUAAUAAUUGACAUAAACAAGUGGCCUUCUUUGAAGCAAGCAUUAUUUAGAUAGACUCAACUAAGCGUCUUGGUUAAAUCAACUAUUAUCUCAUUAAAUACAACUGCGAUUACUUGACACAUUGGACCACUUUCAUUAUUCGGAUAACUCUUAUCUUAGUUGAUUAAGCUAUAGGAUCUUGAGUGAUUCUAUAAAUUAUUUUGUUGUUAUAAUAAAGAUUAAUGCUUGCGUAUAACAACAUAAUAAUUGACGUAAACAAGUGGCCUUCUUUAAAGCAAGCAUUAUUUAGAUAAACUCAACUAAGCGUCUUGGUUAAAUCUAACUAUUAUCUAAUUGAAUACAACUGUGCGAUUACUUGAAUCUACAAAUGAACUUUAUUAAUAUAUUAAGGUUUAAUGCUUAUACUGGACAAGAUAAUUAAUGAAACUAACUAAUCAGUGUUUAUUAAUUCUACAACAGUACUUGAUAGCCGGAACUAAGAACAUUUUAACUAAAUUCUCUUUGUCACAGUAGUCAUGAUCUUGACAGGCUCAUAUGGAGACAAGAUACAUGAUUUUAAUAAACAAGAUCUUAGUUAAAAUGAUCAAAAAUUUUUUUCAGUGUAGAAU